AAACUGGCAGAGUCUAAGCCUUGGAGACCAUUUGUGCAUCUAGAGCUGGAGCAAGCACAGUCCAGCGAUGCAACCGUAACGUUAGAAAUGAGACCGGGCGGCUUUAAGACAGAAACAGGAAGCUGUAACUAGAAUCCAGCUGAAUUCGGAGCUGGGGCACUCCACUGUCAGGCUGCAAAUCAAGCAGAUGUGCUUGCUGUGAAUUUCUGUAGUGUCCGGACCUUUUUUUUGUGCUGAAGGUGAUAACACCUUCCUUCCUCUGUGAUUUUUUUUCUUUUAUUUUGCAUUCUUCAUAAAGGGAAUGAAAUGGAGAAGUUGAAAAAAUAUGCAUCAGUGAAAGAUGAAGAUCAGUUUUAUCACCAGGGAGCCGUGGAGUUGCUAGUCUUUAACUUUCUGCUCAUUCUUACCAUAUUAACAAUUUGGUUGUUUAAAAACCAUCGAUUCCGCUUUCUGCAUGAAACUGGAGGAGCUAUGGUUUAUGGCCUUGUAAUGGGAUUACUUAUACGAUAUGCAACAAAAACAUCAGACGUUGAAAGCGGAACUGUUUAUGAAUGUGAAAAGCUGGAAUCUGGGCCAUCCACUCUACUUAUCAAUAUAACUAAUCAGGUCUAUGAAUACCAAUACAAAAGAGAGAUCAGCCAUCACAAUAUCAAUGGUCACCAGGGCAAUGCAAUGCUUCAAAAGAUGACAUUUGAUCCUUCCAUAUUCUUCAACAUUUUGCUGCCACCCAUUAUAUUUCAUGCUGGUUAUAGUUUAAAGAAGAGACAUUUCUUUCGUAACUUAGGAUCAAUUUUAACCUAUGCCUUUUUGGGAACUGCCAUCUCCUGCAUUGUCAUAGGGUUGAUAAUGUAUGGUUUUGUGAAGGCCAUGGUACACAUUGGCCAGUUAAAAGCAUGGGAAUUCCACUUCACUGACUGUUUAUUUUUUGGAUCACUGAUGUCUGCCACAGAUCCAGUGACAGUCCUUGCUAUUUUCCAUGAGCUGCAUGUGGACACAGAUUUGUACACGCUACUGUUUGGAGAGAGUGUUCUAAAUGAUGCUGUGGCUAUCGUGCUGACAUACUCUAUAUCCAUUUACAGUCCUAAGGAGAAUCCUAAUGCGUUUGAUGCUGCUGCUUUCUUCCAGUCAGUGGGAAAUUUCCUGGGGAUCUUUGCUGGAUCAUUUGCUAUGGGAUCUUCUUAUGCUGUUGUCACAGCUUUACUGACAAAAUUUACAAAGCUGUGUGAGUUCCCCAUGCUGGAGACAGGUCUGUUUUUCCUCCUAUCUUGGAGCGCCUUCUUAUCAGCAGAAGCUGCUGGUCUCACAGGUAUCGUUGCAGUCCUUUUCUGUGGAGUCACGCAGGCCCACUAUACCUACAACAAUCUGUCAUCAGAUUCCAGGAUGAGAACUAAACAGUUGUUCGAGUUCAUGAAUUUUUUGGCUGAGAAUGUCAUCUUCUGUUACAUGGGACUCGCACUAUUCACAUUUCAAAAUCAUAUCUUCAAUCCUCUUUUUAUUUUUGGUGCAUUUGUGGCAGUUUUUAUAGCAAGAGCUUGCAACAUAUAUCCACUUUCUUUCCUUUUGAAUUUGGGUCGAAAACAAAAGAUUCCCAGGAACUUUCAACACAUGAUGAUGUUUUCAGGAUUACGUGGUGCAAUAGCAUUUGCAUUGGCUAUUCGAGACACAGGAUCCCAGCCCAAACAAAUGAUGUUCACAACAGCACUGCUUAUUGUGUUUUUCACAGUCUGGGUAUUUGGUGGAGGCACAACACCAAUGCUCACAUGGCUUCAGAUCAGAGUUGGUGUAGAACCAGAUGAAGACCUCAAAGGACAAGCUGCAAGCCAGAGUACAUCUAACUCGGAUAAAAAUACAACCAAAGCUGAGAGCGCAUGGCUGUUCAGAGUAUGGUAUGCCUUUGAUCACAGCCUGAUGGUUUCAGUGGACUUCCUACUGAGAUGAAUGCUAAUAGUAUAUGUCCUUUCCAAAAUGUACACACUUGCCAGCAUUACAGUAUCCAUAUUUUUCCACUGCUAUGCACAAUGAAUACAAAAUAUGUUUUAAUAUUAUGCAAAGCAACACCUUACAGUAGCUAAAAAUAUAAUGAUUCCUUAAAAAUGACAUAACCAUUUGACAUGCCAUUUAAAAACUCACGUUAAACUUCUGUCCUUUCCACAAGUGGUUGUUAUUACAUUUCUCUUCUCACCCUUCUUCCGUUGUAAGAGAGAAACUGAUGCAUGUGUUUUCUGAGGGGAAUGAUUCACUGGUUUCUACAGCUGGAGUGCCAACCUUGACUAUUCUUGGAAAACCCAAAUGAGCACUGAUGAGCAUAUGGUUACUUGAGAGGUGCUGUGCAUUUCUCUCACUUCAGCUCUUAUCAGGUGACAUCAUUUACCUUUGCAGUAAUCUGAUUAGGGGAAAGUAAUUCUAGAGUACCAGAGCUGGUGAAAUGGGACUGAAACACACCUUGUUGCAUUGUGCAGAUGACUAAGAAUAUUAACUGCAUUUGGCCUUUACCAGUUGACAACUUUUUAAAAAAGGUUGAAGCCUAUGCAGAACGCUGCUCUUUGAGAACCUGAUCUAUCUCACAUAUCAGGCUGCCAUAUAGAGGCUUCAUAAAUGAACUGAAUAGAUUCAAGCCCUGGUUCUUAAAAAAAAUUCCUAGACUUAGAAGAAAUUCCAGAGUCCAUGUGGCACAGCCCUAUGCUUCGCUCCUCUUAAUCUGCAUUUCAUGACAUUUUCUCUUAUUUUACUAUAUUUGAAUCCUGUCUUAAAAAAAACUAGACUAAUAAUUCUCUGCUAAAAACAUGCCAAAUGCCAAAAUGGAAUAAAUUUAAUUCCUUGUGCAACCCAAAGUCCUGACAGAACUGCUAACUGAUAAAUCUUAUUUCUGUCAUAAUAAUUGCCUACAAAUGAUCCACAGCAGAGCAAGAAUCCUUGGUCAGGUAAGCAGCACAGAGCAAGAUCAGACCCUCUCAACUCUCCACUGUCAUACCAGCCCUAUGCACAGCUGUCUACUUUGAGCACAAUAAAAUCAUCCAGUUGUAGGUUUCCUUGCUGCUGGAUGAAGUCUUCACGUGCACCUUUCUGACUUAGCACAGAGUUAGAAGAGCUGCAGGCAGGACCCACGGCAGGUUCAGGGCCUGCCGUACUCACGCUGCACUACUUACAGUGAGGGCUGUCAGGGGCAGCCUCAGACCAUAACGGAAAUACAUUAAUUACAAUAAUGUCUUUCAGUAUUUGUUGAAAGAGAGAGGUAUAAAGGAAAUGGACUGUAGCUUUGAGAAAAUUCAGCUUUUAGUAAGCACUGUAAGGGCCAAAAUAAUUUGACAAAUUUCAAAGGAUUCUCCUUACUUGCUGUCACAAUCAAAGUACAAUAAAGUCCCACAGUGUGUUUACCAGGCUCCUUGGAAGUAGCUACUCCCAUGUCCGUACCUGAGAGCUCACGAGUAUCCAGAUCGCCCAGGAUAACAGACAGUCUGAACUUGAAGUGUCAGAAAUCCAUACCGUAAGAAAAUGAUGUGGCCAGCAGAGUGCUUAAGGGCAUUCAGACUACAUCGACUGCCCUCCCCACAAACUGCUAGAAAAUCUUUGGCUAGCUUUCUUGGUUUUUCCCUAUCUAGGCUAUCCUUUUGUCUCUUUCUUAUUCUAUCUAUACGUAGCAACUAGCAAAAUGCAGUCAAGACUGUCACAAGGACCUCCAAAUGUUUCUAUAAUGAAAAUACAAACAUCAUAUACAUACUACCACAAAUCUCAGUCUCUUCCAUACCUUAACUAAUCCAUAAAUCUAAAAUAAACUCAUUAAUAUCAAUACCGAAUUGGACAAAACUCCUGCGUAGUUCUUACUGUGAUUCAAAUGUUGUCCUUCAGUAUUAGAACAGCCCAACACGCAUCUGUGACCUUAAAUUAAGACUAAGUAGGCAUUUUCUAAGAUCAGUUGGGUCAGGUUUGGUUUGGUUUUGUUUUAAAAAAGAAUUUUUUCAGAGUAUCACUCAGAAGGCAUUUUGGUGGGUUUUUAGUUGUUGUUCUUGCUUGUUUGGGGGUUGUUUUUAUUUUGAUGUUUCCUUUAUCAUUUUCAAGGUUUCCUGUAGGGAGGUAUAACAUGUCAUCUUCGGGCACCUUUAUUUCACAUAUUUCUGUGAAGCAGAAAAUACCCUCUGCCAAUUUGAGACAAACUGCCACCAACAAUGUUGGUGUAGGUACAUUUACCAACCAGAUUAAGAUGACCUUCUUGAAGACAAGCUUGUUUUCCUUUCAAGCUUCUUAAUACUAUGUCCUGGCACAAUACCCCAACUGCAUGUCCAUAGCUGCAGUAUCUGCCAUGCAGGAAGGAAUAAGCUUCUGUUACUCUGAUAGGUGCGAAAGGCAUGCAUCUCACGAACUUCAGAACAGAAGGUAGUGUCAUUCCACAAUGUAUUGACUAAUCAUUUUCCAUUUUAACAACUCUUUUUUUUUUUUUACAAAGAUGUAGAUAUAUACUAUACUAUCUGAAUACCUCUAAUGAGAAGUAUUUCAGUGCUCUUCAUAGGAGAACCAGAACGUGUCUCAAAAACAUCAAAUUACAUAUUGAAUGAAUAAUGAUAUAUAAUCAUUUUAAACCAGCUAAUGCACAAGCCAUUCAUCCCUUAAUACUAAAAACAAUGCUUAAUAAUAAAUCCAAGCUAGAAUGAGAGAUAAAAUACAUCUUAUUAUAGUAUGAGCAGAGCACUAAGUGUCAAACAGCACUAAGAAUUUUUUUCUCAAACACAGAAUUUGCUUUCAGUAGAGCAAUAGAUAAGUAAAUAUGUUUCAGGUCACAACUAAAGAGUAUGUUUAGAUUUAAGAGCAGAAACUUGAAUACUUCCUGCUGUUCUUUGGGCAGAUAUCAAAGCAAUGCCAUCAGUUCUUGCUUUUCUAAAAGCCAGAGUAAAUUAUAACCAAUCCACAAAAACUACCUGCAUUCAGUACCAUACAGGAGAUUUGCAAUAUAAUUCACAGACCUAAUCCAAUCUUAAUGUUCUGUUGACGUGGAAAAGCAUAGAGCAAAAACUUAAAAACCAAAUUUCAGGCUUAGUAAUCACAGAGGUCAGACACUGUAGAUAUUUUUAAAGUAUUUACAGGUUUACAUACAAAGAAAAAUGAAAUAAUGUUAAGUCAGCUGUUACUGAUAUUGAAUUACGAUGUAACAUGUUAAAUGCAGAAUUCUGAAUGUAACGCUCAAUUUGAAAAUGAGGAGAUGAGUUAUUACCUAUGUAUUAAAAGGUGAGUCAUGGCUGGAAAAGAAAAAUACCUGUAGCAGCAGAUAUAAAAAGGGAAAAGAACAGAUCCAAGGGAAGGGUGGUGAUCACAGGACAUUUGUUUCAUUUGUAACCAGAAUGGGGACCUGAUAAUGCACAGAAAUUCCCUUAAACUCAAUCUUAGCAGUGAAAUGAGGAAUAUUAUAUGAAUCUAAGUGUAAGAGAGUAACUGAGGAAGGAACUUAGCCUCUUAGCCCACUGCAUAGUGUGUCGCGUCGUGUCCCCCCCACACACACACGGCUUCUUGCAGUACCAGCUGUUUCCUUUCCUUCUUUCUCAGCAGCUUGAUUUACUUAUCGAGGUCCUCCUUCCAAAGCCAUGGCUACUAGGGAGCAGAGCCCUGAUCAGAAAAGGCAGACAAUAUCUAGUUGGUAAAGGAAUGGUCCAAGAAAAGAAGACUUAUGGAGCUAGAAUAUUUGAGGAGAACAGGUUUAUCUGACAAUUUUUGCAUUAAUUGGCAAAGCACUCUUCCACAUAUUUAGUGAGAUAACAAGUAAGGCAUGAUUACUGUGCCCAAUUUUGUGAUCUUUAUGUCAUUAAGACCACACAAAAACAGUCCAACAGAAAAACUGCUUAAUGUUGUCAAAACCUAGUCAGUUAGGUUGAUUUUUAAGUUGAUUUUUUUUUCAAAAUACUCAUUUAGCUUUCCUUCCUACGCAUGUUUGCUGUGAACACUUUUCUUGCUGACUCCACCACCCUCUUUUUUUUUUUUUGUGCCCAGCUCCAAAUACAGAGGCGGUGUAUCUGGAGUACAAAAGAAAUAGUUAUAACAUAUGCAUACUUAUUGUGUACAAAGGUGUGUAUUACACACACUGGAAAAGGGUCCACUGUAAUUAGAAAAUUCUCUGCCACACACCCCAGCUUUUUCAGUACAGGAAAUCCUUAGCAUGACCAGACAAUAAUCUUCUGGAUAAGCAUGUAAGCCCAGAAACACAGUGCACUAGACUGCACGGCAUUUGGAAGCAGAGAGGAACAACCCCAAGUAAAAGAAUAUCCAGCUUUUUAUUUUUUUGAGUAAAUACUUUUCUUGGCUAACUAGUGUAAAUGGAAUUCCAUAAAUUUCAACUUUGCAGGCAGACAUCCUGAGAAGAGUUGCUAAUUCUAACAAUAAUUCUUUGAUUUAGUACACUAUUUCUCACCUAUUUCCUCUUCAGUCUGUCACCCAAAGAUAUCAAUUACUUGUUGCUUUCUGUAUACGCUGACUUGAUUUGCAUAGAUGUCUCACAUGAAUUACUCCUUCUAUUAUUGCGUUUCUCAGUGUAAACAAUUUCCUCAAAUGGCUUGCAGUGCUGAGCUCAACUAAAAUAUAUAUUACGCUCCUGGUGUAUUUAAGACUGUAAUUUUUUUUUCAUAUAAUAGCUAUAACAUAAUUUAUAGGAUAAACUCAAAGAUAUAAAACCAUUGAAUUCAAGGACACGCUUGCCGUAUAUUUAACUGAAGGUAUAAGAGCAUGAAAAGCACCAUAACAGGGAGUCCUGUCAUUCCCCCAAAAGCAUCCAAAACAAGUUAGAAGCUUCCAAGCUUUUACAUAUACUGAUGCUUAUCAACCUAAAUGGGAGACAUGGUGCUCUCCAUUUGUGAACCCAGAAACACCUACAUUUUCUGGUGGCUAAAUUUCUGCCGAGUGUUUGCAUUUCCACCAGUGAGAAAACAAAGCACACUAACUGCUGGAGCCUCCAUCCUGGAGCGUAUCUCACACUACAGCUGAUCACAAAGACGAGGUACUUCCUUUUCUGUUCUCAGAGACACUUCCAGCCCCCACAGUGGCACAGGGUGCUCCUGUCUCAGAACAGAAAUGCCUGCCCAACCACGCUGGCUAGACAGGAUAUAAGAAAGGGAAGCAAUCGACCUUUGGAGGGUUUGGAGGGCUGUGUUGCAUAAGCUUGCUAACUCUUUUCAGCUGACAGCUUUUUUUUAUCCUACUGUGGGUCUGUUGGCAUUACAAAGAAAAAUCUCUUCCCUUUCUCUCAGCAUUACCCGGGAUUAAGCAGGGUGGAGAAUUUAUACCCAGUCUUCAUUCAAAGUUAUACUGGACCAACAGUGAUAUUUUAAAACUUAUUUGAAGUAGUGCAAAACUGAGUGGACACCUGCAGUUCACAAGACACUUAACAGAAUUUAUGAAUUAAUUACUUAAGUUUCAGUGGUACAGCUCUGAACGUAACCAUGCCCUGACCUAAUGAAUUAGGUAGCAAAACAGCAAUGAGCACUCUGGUUGCUCUUUGGAGAGAUGCCAAAAUUUAGUAACAAACAGAAUAAAUUAACUUCAUGAACAAAUCAAUUUUUCAAAAAGUUCCCAUCUGUGUUUUGCACUGGCUCCUGGUAUGAAUACAUUAAUCUGUGCACAUGUACAAGUAGGCUAAUGGGCAUUUUGUGUAUUCAAACACCCAUCAGCAUACUAUGCCUUCAUUACAAACUACAAUAUGAGCAGGACUCCAAAAGUCUGAUUUUGAGAUGAACUUUUUCGAGAUGAACUGGAUUUCUUACUUCUGUUGUUACAAACUUUUUUUUUAAUAUAUGAAUAGUUAUAUCAAUUAAGUCCUUAAAAUCAAAACCUGAGCAUAUUCCUGUGCUUUCAGUAAUCUUUUUGUAGUUUUUCUGUAUCUACAGACAAAGCCACUUCAUUAAUCCUUUAAUCAUAUAAACGAGAUUUAAAUACCCAGAUUGAGAAUGUUUUUGAAGGCUUUUGAGACUAGAUGACAUUUGGUCAUGUUUGUUGCAAAUAAGAAAAGUUUAAUGCAUUAAAAAAAAAUCCAAACUUCAAGGACUUAAGCUUUUUUUUUUUAAAAAAAAAAAAAAAAAAAAAAACACCAUUCUGUGUAACAAAAGCAUCCUGGUACUAUCCAUUGUCUCCAAUAGUUUAUUUACCCUCACUUUCUCUCAAAGAUGGAUACAAACAGAUUUUUAUUCCAAUAGACUAAAGACUGCACACCUGUAUGCAUCUAUAGGAGACAAAUACAGUUGCUGCCAUCAGCAGUAGAAAUUACUACAAAAUGAGGUGCUUUCAAAAAUGCAUUUUUAAUAACCAAAAUGUGUUCUACAUUUGUGCAUAUGCAAGUAGCUAUUAGUGAAGGCGCCAAUACUUAUUAAGAACAUGCAACAAUAAUAAUGAAUGUACUCAGCAUAAUUUUUCCUUUAUUUAUACAAACUGGCAUGAAACUAAUAUUCAGAGUAUAAUCCUGUUAGCAAUAGUAAAACACCUUGAGACCAGAGAUCUUUGUGCUCCUUGGAGAAUUUGAAUACCCACCAGCCAUGCCAUGCUUUCAUCAAAACUUCAUUUAAAAUUAGUCUCCAAGACUCCUCCUGCCUGAAAUUGUCCCCAGCAAAAAUGGGAGAUUUUUAUCAGAAGAUAAUGCACAACGGGACAAGAUGACAAAAAAAAAAAUAUUAAGCCCAUUCUCAUAUCAAAUAGAAAACACAAAAGCUUACAUGGAACUCACACAGGAAAUCUGGGUUACAAUGAAUCACUCUGCAGUGUGGGGUGGCUACAAAGCUAACAUGGUUUUCAAAUACAUAAUCCUGCCUUUACAGUGUCAUCCUUGAGUGCUGAGUAUUUUAAGUGCUAUGAAGAGGUGUUGCUAAAACACAGCCAAGUAUAAGUUGUUAACACAGCUGGAAGCAAAAAGAAUAGCCAUAGGAAAGAAUGAGAUGGGGAUUGCAAGUCUGAGUGCUCACCUAGAUAAGAACAGGAAAGAAAAGAACAGCAUUUUAUAAAAAUCAUUUGAAGAACAUGCAGUUACUCUGCUCUACUAAAUAACCACUGCUUUUGACUUUUUUUUUUUUUUUUGAGUUUUUACAUGCUGACUUGAAAUACAUCUUCAAAAAGCAACCUGCAUACCUGCAUUGGUAGUCCAUGUCCCGAGUGAACUUUGACCAGACUAUGUCAGUUGGGAGAAAAUUCUGAUACCUGCACAGCAGAUUUCACCUUCUAUUUUUUCUUCUUACAUAUGCUGAACUGAAAAUCACAGUAGACUUCCUAGUAGCACUGUGCAGUUUUGCCAGCAGAAUUUGGCCACCUUUUUUUAAACACAUUUUACAGAGGCACCACUAAGCCCUAAGUGCUACCUAUAAGUAGCAACUUAAAUAUAUUACCGUGUGACUCUUUGCUACCAGAAAUUUGCAAAAAUGUUUAAAAAUCUGCAUUAAAGAAUUUUUAAGAAAUGUUUCUUACUGAAAGUUUUAUCACUUUAAAAAAAAGUUUAGAAUAUUAGUAGUAACAUUUGCCUUAAUCUGAAAGAGUAUUUUAAAAAUAGAUUAAGAGAUUUCCAAAUAAAAAUUUGUAGGACAAAUUCCUAAUUUGUACAAGUUACUUCAGUUCCAUCACAUCAAAGGAAUUACUUGCAAUUACAUGUCAUAUCCAGGAGAGUAUCUCUGUCAGGGUGAGCUUCUCUGAGGACACGUCUAGUUGUCUGUAAAACUGGGAUCGCUGGCAGCGUAACUGGCAACAUUAGGUGGGGCGUAAUUGUCUGUAUGGUGGCAAUAAUGCUUUAAUCAAGAAUCAGAUGUGAAGGCUGGAAAUUUGUUUUUCUGUCACCUUGUUUGAGAAUUAAUCUGAUGCUAACUCUAGUCAUAUUUGCUUGCUUCCCAAAAAUAUACAUACAGCACAUUGAACCUUACUGUAGCUACAGAAAGACAUUGCUAACGUUUUCUGAGUAUGACAAGGCGUGAGUCCUUAGAACCCAGCACUUAAAAAUUGUAUCAUGUUUCAUAAAAUAAAUUUAUGACUAAACUCUGAUAUAAAAAUAUAUCAUGCUUGUCAUCCUACCAUCACCCCAAGUUGCCAGAUUUACUGCCAAAGUUUUAAAAAUAGAUUCCCACAGAGAUUUGUUUCACAUUCUGGAAGUACUUAUAGCCACUGAAGGAGGUGUAAAGGGGCUAGGAAUGCAACCAGUCAUUUUUUCACAUAAGAAAAAUUGUUUCCUCAAACCAGUUGCCAACUAAAACAUUGCCACAAGUACAUUGCUUUCAAUAUGUUCAGAUCUUCAUUUCUGACACUCAGUGAGGCUGCACAAGUCAUCCUUUUUGAUGUGUUUGUGGCUCCCACCACCCACCAGAACAGAGGCCCAGUACAUCCAAACAGGCAGCAGUGCUCCCAACAGUGGGGUAGAGUGAACUUAGCCCAUAGCACUACGGUAUUCUCCAUUUGCAGAGGCUGUGGGAGCAGUCUGUGUUAAUAAUCCAGCUUACAGAAGGGCACUGCCAGUCAGCUGCCUGGGCCUCUUGUCUGCUGGGCACCGCUCAGGCACACCCAGCACCAGCACGCAGCCUCCUGAGGGAGUGCUGCAGUGGCUGUGGUAAUGUGUUACCACACUGCCACUUACACGUACAGGCUCUUGGCUUACUUAUUUUUGCAAGAUGCUUUAUUUACUCAGAAAUGCAAAAAGGGGAGGGAUGCUGAAAUUCCGUCCAAAUCAGAUAGUUGCAGUUUUUGGAGUCCUGUCUUUUUGAUAAGUCACAAGGACCUCCCGGAUAGGGAGACUGUGCUGUGCUAGUAAGUCACGUUGGGUUGGGCUUAUACUGCUCUUGUGUUUCAAGCAAUUUAAAGCAAAACUCCACAAAACAUAAAACACAACCUACGUACAUCAAAUAUACAACAGAAGGGACAUGAAACAACUUGCAAAGAGAAAGUUUUAUUUUUGUUUUAUGAGUUCUCUAAUGCUGUGAUGAUCAAGAGUUAGACAAAAAUUAGAUUUCAUAUUAUUUUAUGUGGAAAAGCACAGAUCAAAUAAAAAUAAAUACUGUUCUUAGUAAGCUCUGUCACACAGACUAUGAGGAAAGAACGGUGGGUUUAGUGUGUUGAGUCCUUUUUCUGUGCUUCACAAUUGCACUUGAUUUUAGGUUUUCUACAAAUUAACUUCCUACCAUCUCUUCAUGAAACCUUUAUGCUUUCUUUCGUUCUUUCCCCAUAUGGUUUUCAUUAUGUUUUGCUCAUGGCUUAGAUUUAUAGUGUACUUCUAAACAAAAAAAAAAAAAAACAUUCUGUGACAAUCCUUGCUAACAGUAUUAUGAAUUACUAAUAGUAGCUGUUAGGCUGGGGAAAGAUACCUGAACAUUAUGUUAUUCUGACAUCUCCUGGGAACUAGGACAGGUAGAGGGGAAGCAACCAAUAACCUGCAAAACCCAGGAAAAGCAGCUGUGUAUAUUGGGUAGGAAUCUUUCUUCAUGAAUUACAGGGCAGUAAUUGCUUCACCUUUGCUACAGGACUUAAGAACAGCUGACAAACCUCACUAGUCCCCAGUCUCAGUUUAACACCUUCUCCUUAUCCCAGCACCCUUAUCCUUUCACAGGGUGAAAUGCACAGAGAUUCAGGCUAAUGCUUUGGGAAACGUAGAAGAAAAUUACAAAACAGAAUCUGAUAAGAGAAUAGGCUGUGGUGUUGGAAGACUGAUAACUAACAAUUAUUGCAUCUUGUUUGGGCAUUUAGGAAUAGAAAGAUAUUUGAGAGUGUAAUUCUGGAGAGUGUAGAGGAGAUGGCUGCCUGUGACAUAGCAGUAAGCUUUAAGAAGAUAUUUUAAGGAACUUUACGUAUUUAGAGUUUAAGUCUUAAGCACUUUUCUAAGGAAACUCUACGCAAGUGUAAGAGACAGACACAAAGAAUGUGCUUUCUGGAAAAUUUAAGAUUGAUAAUGGGAGCUAGGAUGCAUAAUGUGAGCUAGGAUGCUUCACCAAGCAGAGGCAGAAGGAGAGUUCCUACUCCAUAGAGAGACGAAUGACAGGGUGGGGUAAAUCCAUGAAAAUGUCGUCAAUCAGAUAAAAUCUGUGGAAACAGAAAAGGAGGAGUCCUAGCAGGACAGAAAAAAAGGAGAGCAGACUAUGCGCAUGAACACCCCUGGGAUUUAGCAUGACUAAUUGUUGCCAAGCCUAAAAACUGGGGGAUGAGUCAGCAGCCCCUCAGCAGGAUCUCUCUUAACACCAGCAGCACACUGAAAUGCUUCACUCUUCUUUUAAAGUUGCAGUGUUACAGCUUCAAAAGUUAGACAAUCUUGCUAUUGUCAGUCAGUCCCUUGUGUAUGCAGUACACAGUUUGUAUCAUGGUGUGCAAUGUUUUUUUCAACAAGGCCCACUUUUUCUCAUCAGAUGGCUCUUGUUCCCAUUUCAGUGUCAGUGCACGUCACUUUUCUCUGACCUCCUUCCCACUGUAGGGCUUUAGUCACCUCCCAGUUCUCCAUCCAAACAUCAGAAGUGAACGAAUACAGGGAGACUAAGCUGGUGAACCUCCCCCCCCCCCAGUCUAGUUUGCCUAAGAGACACCUAGACACAAAAUUCAUCUGAUUAAACUAUUUGUUAUCCCUUUUUACUACCUCCCAAUCACCAUGCUCCCAUUAAUUUCUAUGAUGUGUUCCCAAAUGCACAUGUAAAAUCAUUUAUCUUAGCAUUUGUGAGACAGAUCAUCAGGGCUGGUUCAGAACUGGAGGAGAGAGGAAAGUGAAUCACAAAUAUUUCCUAAAAUCGUCCCUUGGUUAUUGAAAAAGCAUUCAAAAUUGGAAUAUUUAUGAGUUCAAAUAAUUUAGCUGCUUUCCUAUUGCCACAGGAGUGCCAUGAAGUAAAGCUUACUGACAAUUUUAAUGAGCACACCAUUCCACCAUUGUGUACUUAAAUUCCUUGAAACAAUGUUUCAUCUGAUCAAGCGUUUUAUAAUAUAUUAUUUAGAUUACAAUAUAUUGCCUAGUCAUAGUGGGGUGCUUUUAGGUAUCACUAUACCACCAAUACAAGAUCCAAAAUAUUAAUAUAAGCACUGUACAUUUGAAUUCUUCAUCCCUUUUGUUAGGCCAUCGCCCAAUGUUAAUCUUUACAGUUUCUCAGACAUACAUGCACACACGGACCUACCACUAUACUAACUAAAAACCAUACCGCAGGUAAAGACCAUGCCGAAGAUUAAAACAAAGUGACUUCAUACAGCAGGGUCACAAAUACUAACUGGGAGUUGGACCUGCUGCCCAAAUUCCUCAAGGAAACCACUAAGCAUUUUCUGGAGAUUUGCGAUGCUCUGGGCAGAACUUUAAGAUGAUGCUGUUCAGCAGGGCCUAGCUAAAGACCAUGAAUUAACUGUCUUAGUUUCCUUAGAAGCAUUGCUGAGAUGCAGACAAAAAAACUACCUGACACAUGUCAUGCCAAAACUCUGCUAGGUCUGCUCAAGAGUUCUGUCUCAUCCAUAAACAACCACAGGAGCCCAACUCAUCCAUUCAGAUAAUGUUACUGCAGCUGUAAAGGAACAUGCUGUCAUCUUUUCUUACAGGAAAAAAAAAAAAAAAAAAAAAAAAAAAACUUUGCUUCUCAAGAUAAUGUUGCAAGAAGAGUUCCAUUGCCAAAACUGUGAGGUCAAAAUAGCAGUUUGCUAUUAAACCUUUCCACUUCCUAUGUCAGCACCACCUUUGGAUAUGCUGACCUGAUGAGGUUCACAGAACACCUCACAGACUGUCCCAGCAUGACGGAAGUGAAAACACGCACUGCUCAGGCACCUCUCUCACCCCUUCACAGUAAGUGACAAUCAGCCUGCUACUACAAGAGAAAUGACUAGAAAUAACAAAAGCAAGAAGGGAAUUACAGAGUGAGAAUCUAACUUCUGAACACUUUUAUAGUAAAUGCAAUUCACAAGCACAGCAAAGGGCAGCACAGGGUUGUGGCAGUACUCCACCACCUCGCCAUGCUCUGAUGGGGAACAAGUGUGUUAGGCAGAGCACCUCACUUUGCCCCCCCCCAGUUCAGUUCUCAACCUCUCUGCAGAUACCUCUGAGGGAGGAUACCUAUGAACUGCAUGACAAAUUUUUUACACGUACAUUUCAAAGUGCUUGUUGAGAUGACAGGACUGUCUUUACCACUAAUUUAAAAGACAAACAAGAUAAAAAGGGAGGGAGGAAUCAUGGAAAGUUAAGUGGCCUGUCAAACAUCACAAACACUGAGGACUAGGAAGACUGUACGCCUUUUAGUUUCUUGUGUCAUAUACCUUCCAACACACUUCACUACCUUGUGAACCAUGUAAAGUCACACACUGAGUAUUCUUUUCAAUGUGAUGGACUUGCCUGUAACCUUGGAAAUCAUGUUGGUUCGCUAAACUGUUUGCCAAAAUAUUAUCAGGUGUCUUAUUGUUGGGGUCAUACUAUUCCUCCAAUUGCCUCCAGUAGUUUAAAUAAGUUAAUACAAAUAGUUUCUCAUAUCAUUCCGGUAUUACUAUUCUUACCUUACUAGUAUAGUUGGUAAAAAAAAAAAAAAAAAAAAAAAAAAACACCAAUCAUUACAAUCAUUAAGCAUAUGCUACAAUUGCUUUUUGGAGGAAAAACAAUUCAUCCUCCUGUUAGACAGUGUCACCAAACAUCAACUUGGCUGCAAGAAGUUUGAAUUUUAAGGGUCAGCCCUUUCAUUUCAAAUUCUUUUUAAAAGUACUUGUCUGGAAUUUAUCAUUUACAAUUGAUGAUUAAAGGUUAAUGCUUCCUUUCAUCUUUCUCCUGGUAGGAAAAGUAGAAUUAUUUGCAACAUAGAAAAUAAAACACAACCCUCAUUUGAGCAACCUGUAAAAGUAUUUAUAAAACAGAUAAAGGUAAAUUAAGGUUGGCAGUUCAGCACCUUGGUGGUUAAUCUGAGACAGUCGUUGAAAUGAAAAUAUGUUUAGAUGGUAAAUUCAUAUGCUGUGUGUAAUGAUUUGUGUCUAUUCACCUGCAGUAACACCAUUAACCUAAAUAAACUUGCAUGAAUUAAUUCAGGAGUCAGCAAGUAAAAGAGGACAAUGAUGAAAAUCAAACAGGUUAUAACAACUGAGGACUUUGUUCCUUAGGACACAAGCAAAUUGGCAAAAGUUGAAAAAUCUCACAAUUUCUGGUAGGUCCAAAAACAGUAGCUUGUAUACAACACUACAACAAACAUCAGUUAGUAAUGUUCAGAUAUUUGGAAGAAAAAUGCUGUUUGGAAGAAAAAUGCCAUAUAAAACCUAGGUAGUAUAUACAUAAACUCACAUUAAGAUUAGUAAAUCAUUUUCACGAUCCACAAAAAAAAUUGUGGAGGCCUGUAAACUUCACAGACUGCGGACCCCCAUUCCUAUGGAACAGAGGAAAAAAAAAAAAGAACAGUCCAGAAGGAUAACUUCUAGAGUAAUCCUAAUGCUACGUUAUACAUUGAACCUCUGAACUUCUUAUUUUUAUUGCUCUGCUAAGAUGAUGCUUUUAGUCCACUGCAUACACACAUGAACACAGAUACUAGGAAGCAAGUUAUAACACAGGCCAAAAGAUUCAGAGCUAGGUGCCUAGCUUUAGCUAAAGGUUCAGAAUAAUUUUGUUUACAAUUGCCCAAGACAGAUUUUGUAUCAAACCGCAUUCCUCAGCAUGUGCACGCGACCUGUUUAACACACUUUAUGAAAUAGGAAAAUAAUAGCAUAGGUAUCCAAGUGCCAUUUGUACCCUGGGCUCAAUGCCCACAAUGGAUGAACUCUUACAAUAAGGAAGCCAAACUAAAUAAUUAUGACAAACUAGAGUUGAAAUUGCACUAUGAUUCUUCUUCCAUCCUUUCCUUUUAGGUAACUAUCUACUUCUGCUAAUUUCAAACUUGUAGUGAUGUUCCAUUUAUACCACCACACAAAAAAAUACGAGACCACACAAAAGGAGGGUGGAUUUUUUUUAUUACUAAUCUUUAAAUGACAUGCAGCUUAUCUUGCUGUCAGACUUCACCUCAUGAAAAGGAUCUAAUCAAAUAACAAUCAUGUGUGCCAAUAACAUUUUUCAGAAGUUUUAAUAAAAAUUGCCUCUUACCAUCUUCUCAGUAAAUUGGUUUAGGAUUAAUCUAUUUGAGAGCUAUGAUCACAAAAGCAAGAGUAAAGUAAAUUUAAAGAGUAGAGUAAUGAGAGAGAAAUAAACCAGAAAUUUACUUUUAUUUAGGUCGAAGGUAAUAUUGCAGAUUAACAGAUGCAAACCAUUACACUGCAUAAAAUUUGUCAUCUAAAUGCAUUUUCAUGUCAAAUAUUGUCUCACAUUAAGACUGCCAGAAGGUUACACUGUCUACCUUAUUUUACUUCUGUCUACUUUGUAAAUCGACAUAAUUUAUGACUGUUUCAAUAGCUGGCAUUCGAUCUAGGACUAAAUCACACUAUUAAUAACGUAAUAAAGUUUUA